AUGUAUAUUUCCACCAGUGUUGCUAACCAGUUUUACUACAGACAAACAACUGAGAUGUCAUUUCUACGGGACAGAUUUGCACUGUUGAAAUCUGUACUGAUGUACUUAGAUUUCAAAAAACAGUUUAUGGAUAUCAAGGAAAAUGCUAUAAAAUAUAGACAUUUAAAAGAGAGCUUCAUCUACAGCUUUAGUGUCAAUGUUGAUCUUGGAUUUAUAUUUGAGCAGGAUGCUGUUUUGGGGACAACAAUACUUUCACUACCACUAGAAAGUGCUAAUUUCUUUCAAGAGGUUAUUUUUCAGUUCUGCUUAAGUCAUGACCUUCUCCCUUCUAAUACAACACCGUCACAGAUUUGUGUCCGGCUGAGAAUUAAUAACUUUCCCUCAAAUUGUCACAGUUCUCAGAUAACGAAGAUGCCAGAUCUAAUCAAACAUUUAAACUAUCGGGGUUUUGUAAAGCUAGUCGGCAUUGCUGCUGGGGUGUCAGGGCUUGCCAAAUACACAAACAACUUCAUGUGUGCACUUUGUGGAGAGAUCUUAGAAGAGGUGAAAUCAAUGAGAAUCCUAUCAGGUUAG